AUGGCAAGUAAAAAGGUCUUCCAAAUAGGUCCUCGUCCGCGAAAGGAAAUCCCUUGGAGCUGCCUUCUCCCUCCGAGUCUCUUUACCACCAUGCGUCCUCGGUCGCUCUUGCUACGCCGCUUCUCCCCUCAUCGGCUACCUGUACCUGCGCAGCUCUCUAGGAGCCCGGUAAGGUCUCUUGCCACGCAGGCCGUGCAAAAGAGGAAGACAAAGACGCCGUCCCCACCAUCCUCCUCAUCAUCAAAAACACCAAACCCGGUUUCUAAACCCUCACCCGCGUCACCCACUUCAUCCUCGAUCCCGACUCGGGCCAAUUCCGAAGGGCCGCCCCCAAAGUCCUGGCUGACGCGGAAAGUGGAGUCUUCGCCUGCAGCGAAACGGGUGUUUCUCGGUUUAACGAACCUGCUGGGAUAUGGUAGUCCGAAGCAGCUGGCUGGAAGACGUGCUUUCGUCUUGUACAAGGACGUGUGCGCCCCUCGACCAGAAGAGGAGGAGGCGUUCUGGAGAAACUCAUGUCACCUCCCUCCGACCUUCCAGUCCUGGUUUACCGUUACCAACUUCCACGUAUGGCUCCUGACGGCUCGCCUACGUGCGCUCCCCGUAGAGCACGCACGACACUACGAGCAAGCCCUGCUCGACCAUUUUUUCAUCGACGUCGAGGACCGGAUCCGCGCUGUCCUUCAACCUCCAACCUCCUUUGAGCUCCCGACACCAUACACCUUCAGUUCAACAUUCUACCUCAACCCCUACGCCCCGUUACCAGACGGAGAUGAGGGUGGCAAGCCCAAGAAGGUGAAACCAAGAGGAAGGGCACCGGAUAGGAUCGUGAUUCGGCAGAUGAAGAUCUUCAAGGAGCAGUGGAUGGGCAUGGGGAUCUCGCUCUCGCUCGGGCUCGUCAAGUCGGACCAGGAGCUCGCAGCGGCUAUUUGGCGGAAUCUGUUGGGUGCCAGAGGUGCGAGUGGGAUUGUGUUGCCGUCUUCUUCCGCUCCGGAUGUGACUGGGACAAAUGGCUACUUCCGACGAGCGGUGAACUUGGUUGGAGGAGAGGUCGUGAACCUUUCCAAGGUGGACCUCGAGAAGGAGGAGAGGACGGACGAUGGGUCAGGCGUACACGACUUCCCGCCUGAGGAGGUGGACAAGUACCUCGCCUACCCGGAGACGAUGCUCACCCUCGUCGGCUACGUCCGGCGCGAGCUUGUCCGUCUGGCCAAAGUCAGCGAUGAGGAUAUCCUGCAAGGCGAUUGGGAAAAGCUGAAAUUCAGCAGCAUCGGUGCGGGUAGUGGUAGUGGGAAAUUGUGGAUGUGCUAG